AUGACGUAUGACAAAAUAUGCGAAGUAGUCAAAGAGCUGGACCCAACCGAGCAACACCUGUUGAUUCAUUGUGGAGACAUGGAUGUGAAGGUGUUUCCGAAAGCGGGCAAGUCAGACGAAGUCUUCACAAAAGGAAAUGGAAUUCGGCUGUUCGCCAAGGAAAUGCGAUCGGAAAACGUCUACACGGUCUGGGUCACCACUGACGAGAAUUUACAGCAGAAGGUGAAGGCGUUGUGCGAAGGUCAUGCAAAUAAGAAUUACGCUUUUGUAUCAUCUCCGGAAAUUUUGUUGGCUGCGAUGGCGUCUGCAACUAUACGCGAAAUACAGUUAAGACCGGUCAACGAGAGGAUCUUAUCCCGUGAAUUUUCCAGGGAUUACUCUUAG